GGGCGAGUCGUUAAGGGGGCGAGUCGUUAGUAAACCGUGCAAACCGACCAAUUGCAACAACAACAACAACAACAAACAUAACAACAACUUACUUCAAUAACAUUUGACACAAAUGUGUUAAUUAACAAGUUUGACAUCCAUAUCAGCAACCUGAAUUUUAAAUGGAUCUACUUAGAAGAACACUCUUGUCUGCAGUUUCCUUCUCCAGACUGAAAUGCAUGAAUCAGACAAUAAGACGUUUUUCCAUUACAAGGCUGGGUCUAUACAAAUGGGAACCAGACGGAUUGGUCACAGAACCAGAUAUUCCCCCCUAUCCUGGAGUUUUGGUCAAGCUCCAAGGUUACGACUACACAAUACUUGAGACUUAUGCCAAAUAUGUAAAUCGCAUUGCUGGAAUCAUGCGAGUAGAAACCAACAUGUGGCCCUUGCCAGCACAGAAGUUGGAGAUGCAAACUCUGCAGGCCAACUCCACAAAAAUACAGAGCACAUGUAACUUAAAUGUUUAUCAGCGAGUGGUUGAGUUGCAGAAUAUAGACUCCACCAAGCUUCCCAUUUUUCUGGACAAUAUCUGGUCCCAUAUACCAGAGGGCGUCAAAGUCACUGUAGCUGAAUCAACGGAUGAAGAGCAGGAGGCCAGGUAUGUACCAGAUCACGCCAAACAGCAACUGAUCGAUGCCCUCGGCGAACUACCAUCGAAGAAGAAGUAAUCUUCUGUGACACACUGUUUGCAUGAGAAAUUCUAAAUAAAUCUUGAUUAAGCGUUA